AGAGAAUACGCGCCUAUAUAACUACGGCGUUCCGCUGAUUGGACGAAGUAACUUACGUUUUCCUGCACUAAGGGAACGAAGAGUACGCAGCCCGAGCCCGACGGGCGGCAUUGCGAGGAACAUGAGGAUUCGCCCGGGAUGCGCGGCUGCACUAGUGGUGCUACUGCAAGUCGCUUUUGUGGCGAGCAAGGCGCUGGACCAGAGCCAGACACAGCCACUCAAGUCUCAGCAACAAAUACCAUAUGGCACAGCGGCACAGAAGAGGUGGGGUGGCGAUUUGGGAGGCCAUGGGGGUGACUUGGGCGCAGGAGGCUACGGCGGCGGCGGUGGCGGUGGUGGCGACUUCAGUGCUCACGGGGCUGAUUUAGGUGGUCACGGGGGUGACCUCGGCGGAGGCUUUGGUCACUCUGGCGGAGGUGGAGGCGCGAGUUUCGGACACUCUGGUGGAGGCGGAGGUGGCGAUUUUGGACACUCCGGUGGAGGUGGAGGUGGAGAUUUCGGACACUCUGGUGGAGGCGGAGGUGGAGAUUACGGGCACUCUGGCGGCGGCGACGUAGCAAAUUUGGGACACAGUGGAGGAGGAGGCGAUAUCGGAGGCUACGGUGGUGGCGGUGAUCUCGGAGGUGGUUUCGGCCACUCUGGAGGAGGCGCGGGACUCGAGGAACACCACGACGACCAUCACGAUCAUCACGAUCACGGGUACUGGAAGAAGAAGUUGAUCUGGAAACCCGGAUGGAAGAAGAUCUGGAAACCGGCUAAGAAACAGAUCUGGAAACCAGCGUGGAAGAAAAUAUGGAAGCCUGUGUGGGUGCCGACGAAGAAGGCUAUUUGGAAGGAUAUUCAGGUUCCCGCUUGGAAGAAAAUCUGGAAGCCUGUAUGGAAGGAGAUCCAGGUCCCGGUUUGGAAAGAUAUCCAGGUACCGGCAUGGAAGAAAAUCUGGAAGCCUAUAUGGAAGCCCAUCAAGGUCCCCGCGUGGAAAGAAAUUCAGGUACCUGCGUGGAAAAAGAUUUGGAAGCCGGUCUGGAAGGAGAUUCAGGUCCCAGUGUGGAAAGAGUUCCAGGUACCAGCUUGGAAAAAGAUCUGGAUCCCGGAGUGGGUGAAGGUCGGCAUCCCGGGUGAACACUACCACGGGACCGACCAUCACGGCUGGCAGUAUACCAGUCACGAUCUUUGGAAGAAGAAACUGAUCUGGAAACCGUUGUGGAAGAAAUAUUGGAAACCAGCGAAGAAGCAGAUUUGGGUGCCCGACAAGAAGCUGGAGUGGGUCGAAGCCUGGAAACAGAUCUGGAAACCAGCUAAAAAACAGAUCUGGGUAGACGACAAGAAGCUCGCUUGGAAAGAGGAAUGGAAACAAAUUUGGAAGCCGUCGAAGAAGCUCAUCUGGGUGCCUGACAAGAAGCUAGAGUGGAAGGAAGCUUGGAAGCAAAUUUGGAAGACCGACAAGAAACUCGAAUGGAUCGCUGAUAAGAAGCUAGCUUGGAAGGAAGCCUGGAAACAGAUCUGGGUUCCAGCUUGGAAAGAGAUUUGGGUUCCAGCGUGGAAGAAGAUCUGGAAACCGGUGUGGAUAUCCGAAUGGUUCCCCGCAGAGGACCAUCAUCCUCAUCACCACGGAUGGGAAGACCGGAAGGACACGCAAGCUCAAGGCUCUCAAGUGGCUCCCAAGGUAGCCAAUGAAGGGAAAGAGCAAGGACAGCAACAGAUUCAAGUGGAUCGAAACAAAGUCAGAUGGGACCGAUCGUCGGCGGUCGAGGCGUCGACGAUCAGCCAGGACCUGGUGCCGCCGCCGAAGAAUCAAAGCGGCCCGAACUUGGCCUUCCCCAAUCACUGACCGAACUGUUAUAUGCUCGUAGACCCACAAGAGUAUUGUAACAUAAGCCGCUGUAUAUAUUAUUUUAGUUGUACGUUAAGUUAGAUAAGUUUCCUCGAAGGAUUAAUCGACUGACAUGGUCUCUGACUCUGACUAUAACGCGUUCUGUCUUUAUGUAUAAUAUCCCCUUUUUUAUACAAUGUUGUUGUUACUCCUUUGUUAACCGAUGCCGUUACGAAUAAAGUUAAUUAAUAUUU